AUGGAAUUCAAAACUAUACCACCCCACUGGAAACUGUCUGAAGCUGUAUGGAUUCGCAUUAUCAAUAAAAUCCCGGACUUCUAUUCUGUCUGCCGACUUGCUUUGACUCAUGAGGAUCUCAACAAAAUCAUUGGCAUCGACUUCCGGCAACUAUGUCUGGACAACAAGAUGUACCGAUUUCCUGGAGAAACUUGGGAACAAGUCGUUGUGGAGUAAGUAGUUUCUUAUCAUACUAGCCUUGCUGUGACAUUAAUUUUGGCUGAAUGUAAAUUGUAUUGUCUUAGUGCCCAUAAUCGACUUUGGAAUGACUGCACCCUUGUCAAUCCCUACAACAUCAGAUUUGAAUUUGACUCCCGGACCGAUCGUUUUGGUUUGGUUGGAUAUGAUUAUGCUGUUAUCCUGAGUCUUGACUUUGAUCGUCCUUUUCUCCGAUUUAUCAACAUUGGAUUCCCUAUUUACCGGUUUUACAUCGUAGAGAAUGGACGAUUAAUGGUGGCUAUGGUAAGCGCUUAUUUCUUUUUGUCGUUCUAGUGACAGUUAAACAUAUUUUUAUACUAUGUUUUCUGAUACGGUAUAUCACAACUGUUUUUUAGACUCCCGGUUCUUGCAAAGUGUUUGACAUCGAAUCUCAAACCGAACUAUUGCCCGACGACCUAGAAAAAUUCAACUAUACAGAACCCGUGAUAGAGUACCAAGGUGGCUUCAUAAGAGAUGUCUUGAGUCAGAAGUUUUCGAAGAUAGAUAUCUGCAGCGACGAGCCCUUUUGUGAUCCGGUUGGUCGAUAUGUCCAAUUCAGAAGUUCCGACGAAAUGAUUUGUGUCCGGAAUAUCGAGAGUAAUCAUGAGAUGCGCAUUGAAAUCUUGGAUCCCCACUAUUCGACGAAGAUUUUGAAGGAGUCCGGGUGCCUUCUUGUUCAGUUCCGUAAGUGGAUUUGGUCUAAUAAAUACUCGUACAGAUAAGUCUGGAGUAAUGCAGAUUCACCACAUUGACUCUAGUUCUCUUUUAUUCAAAGCCGAAAUUACUGAUGUAUGGAAGGCAAUCUCGGACUGUAUUAUUCUCGAUGAACAACUUGGGGAGGUAGGUUUAUUUAUAGAAUUGUCUUGAUGAAUUUACUGUAGUCUUAUUUUUAUACCCCAAAACGUUAAGUAAUAAUAAUUUAUGUUGCUUUCAGUUCCUCGUAUUCGAUGCGACCACUCUUAGUUGGGAUUACAGUACCGACCUAUAUCUGAAUACCGAAAUCCACGAAACAAUCAGAAGGCCAGCUCCUGAGUUUCGGAAUUUUGGUUAUUUCGACAUCAUCCCUCCGUUGGAUCGGUAUGAGAAUAUGGAUCAAGACAUCGACAUGUCAUUUGAUGAUGAUUUCAUGUUUGACUUCACGGAUACGGAGCAAUUCAACUAUAAUAGGCCAAUUGAAAACGAACCAGAACAUGAGACUCGGAGGAAACGAAAGGGUCUGGAAGAAGUGGAGAUGUUGUUCUUCGAUGUUUUGCCAAACCGUAAGUACUUACCAUUUGUAUAAAGUAGCGCAGUUGUUGUCAGUUGUACGUUGCCAGCUAAACAUAUAAAGAAUUGUUGCAGAUAGACUUAAAUGGAAAAUCAUCAAGACUCAAGCCAGAAGACCACAUCCUUACAUUUCACUACAUGCGGGUAUCAGUGCGAUUGCGGAAAACCAUGACUUUACAGAUGGGCAAAAACAAUUAAAAAUGGAGCAAUUUCUCAUAGAAUGGAUCCCAAAAGCCCAAGAAAUCGAACGAACUCAAUCCUGGUAA